GGCUCCUCCCGACGAUGCCCCAAGCCUCGGAGCACCGCCUGGGCCGGGCCCGCGACCCCCCCGGCCGAGCCCUGAGCCAGGAGCGCCACGCGGCCGCCCUGACCCCCGCCGCCUCCAACGGCCUCUCGCCGGCCCCCAAACUUCGCCUGCUGCCCCCCCCUCCCCGGCCGGCCCCGCUGGAGGAACGGAGCAAGAAGCUGGAGCUGGAGAGGGGCCGGGCGGCCAAACGGGGCUCGGCGUGCCGCCGGGGACCCCUCAAAGCGGACCACGGGGUGCGGGUGCCCGGUUCCCCGCAAGCGGGCGCGGGGCCCGUCGGCGCCUCCUCUUCCUCCUCCUCCUCCUCCUCCUCCUCCUCCUCCUCUUCGUCCUUCUCGCUGCCCGCCGGGGCCGAGCGGCGCCGCGGCAACCUGGCCCGCUCCAAAUCCGUCAGCAUCGGGGACCUGAGCGGCGAGGACGUGGCGGCGGCGCUGAGCCGCCUGGCGCUGCGGGACGGGGGGCACCAGCUCAGCACCAGCGCCUUGGCCCUCAAGAGGAGCUCGUCCCUGCGGAGGGUCAACGUCAGCCCCGGGCCGGACGGCAAGCCCGCCCCCCCGCUGCUCUCCGUGCGCCACGAGGGCUGUCCCCGGACUCGUGUCCCCGACCCCCCCUACGCCCACGGCCCCGACGGCCCCGCUCCCGGCAGCCCCCCGCUGGGCAGGGCCCCGGCGCCCGGCAGGCCCGAGGAGAAGGCGGCAGCU